CCUCACACCUCAGGGUGUUACUAUUCUUUCUCGAUCGUGCCAUUGCAACACAUCCAUUCAUCUUUUUCCUUUUCUCAAGAGAGCAGUGACCAGUAAUCAUUGAAGCAGUGUUUGGUUUUUUGUUACUGAUAAAAGGGUGGUUCGAAGUGGAAAUUCGGUAGACGUUAGUUCAAUUUGUUCUCAAUACCCCUUAAAGGCUUACAUUGUUGCUGCACUGCAAAAGCUGUCCAUAGACCUGGAUCCAAUGGACCUAAAGCCAAAUCAUACUACUGUCCUUGCUGAUACUACUACAGCCUUGAGACGGUCAAGGCUAGGUGUACCUUCUGGUCAGUUACCUUACUCUCCUACAGGGGCUACCUUUCCUCAUGGACCCUUGCUGGCAAUUCCUAGGAAGAAGACCGGUAUUCUUGACGAUGUUCGUUCGAGUGGUUGGUUGGAUGCCAUGAAAUCAUCUUCUCCUACUCACAAUAAAGUAUCCAAGGAUGUUAGCCAUGGGAUUGUGUCAUCUGAUGCUGAUGCUGCUUAUUUUACCUGGCUGCUGAAGUUUCCGUCAGCACUUGCAUCUUUUGAACAAAUUACUAACUGUGCAAAAGGGAAGAGAAUAGCGUUGUUUCUGGAUUACGACGGGACACUUUCACCAAUUGUGGACAAUCCUGACCGUGCUUUCAUGUCAGACAAUAUGCGUGCUGCUGUUAAAAAAGUGGCAGAAUAUUUUCCAACCGCUAUAAUUAGUGGAAGAAGCCGUGACAAGGUAUAUGAAUUUGUUGGAGUAAGUGAGCUCUACUAUGCUGGUAGUCAUGGGAUGGAUAUUAUUGGACCUCUUAGACAAUCUGUUUCUGAUCAUCACCCUGACGGGAUUAUGUCUGCUGACAAGCAGGGUAAUGAAGUUAAGUUAUUCCAACCUGCUGCUGAGUUCCUGCCGAUGAUUGAUGAAGUACGUCAGUUGCUCAUUGAGUGUACGAAAGACAUUAAAGGAGCAACUGUUGAAAACAAUAAAUUUUGUGUCUCUGUACAUUACCGUAAUGUAGAUGAGGAGAGUUGGGAUAUUGUGGGGCAACGAGUAUAUGAUGUUCUAAAGGACUAUCCACGUUUGCGAUUAACACAUGGGCGAAAGGUUUUAGAGGUCAGGCCAGUGAUUGACUGGGAUAAGGGAAAAGCUGUCACAUUUUUACUUGAGUCUCUUGAACUUAACGAUGGUGAUGACUUGCUAGCUAUAUAUGUUGGAGAUGAUCGAACAGAUGAAGAUGCAUUUAAGGUUUUGAGAGAAGUUAAUAAAGGUUGUGGCAUCUUAGUGUCCCCCGCACCAAGGGAAAGCAAUGCAAUUUAUUCUCUUCGUGACCCCUCAGAGGUCAUGGAGUUUCUCACGUCUCUUGCAGUUUGGAAAUCAAGCAUUCAAGCUCGGUGAAAAUCUUUACGUAGUGUAUAGAGGAGAACAUACUCCGCUAUGCUGUAUGUAAAAAGACAGCUUUUUGUUACGAUUUUGGGUUUGGUAGGGGACAUUCCCAGAGGUUUGCUGGAACAUAUUUGGGCUCAGAAGACCUCGGACAAUAGCAACAACUUUGUCAUUACCCAGUUGUUUUUGCUCAAAGCACGUGUGGUAGCUGUAAAUUUCUGACUAAUAAUUAUAUUUAUCUCGGAAAUAUUAGGGAAAAUCCACUAUAGAGGGUACUUUUUUUUCUCCCCCAUCAAAAGUUUAUUGUAUUUAUUUCAUAUUCUUUCUUCACUUUUGGUUACUGCCCCUAACCAGCUAAUUGGGGAUUAAAUAUGAAAUUAUUCUGGUUUUUCUUUGUCAAGUUAAUUCUUUUUAUUUGUAGAUUGAUACGAUUAUUUGUAUUACCUAUUUUAUAUCAAUCUGAUUAAGAAAAUUUGUUCUGGU